AUGCGAUGCGCGAGCAAGGCCGCCGAGAGCGCGUCCGCACGUCUCUGCGCUGGUCAUGAAGACACUCAUGUCUUCACAGAGUAUGAGCUCGGUGUCUCAUACUCUCCUGGUACGGAAGGCGGAUCCGUAUCGACGGCGAUUGAAUCCAAGCCGCCUGCCAAGCGUGGCAUGGAUGAUGCUAUGCGUCGUAGCAUCUUUGGUUCAUCUGAUGAAUCAGAUGAACCAUCGCCGAAGCGAAGGCGCUCGAGGUCGCGAGACUCGGGCGCUAACAGUGGUGUCGGUUCUCCUAUGGACACCACUUCGCAACGAGGUGCCAGUACUUCUGUCGGCACAUCGCAGGAAGAGCGGGACCGCAGUGUGUUGUGUCUCGCUCCUGAGAAGAAGGCAUGGAUACCUCCCAAAUCUGUUAUGGAUCACUUGUCGGCGGCGACGAGUGAUCGUUAUCGAACACGACAUCGAUGGUACAGUGGGAAUCACAAACGUGAUGGUCCCUCACUACUUCAAGAGUGGAACGCCUACUUCCAUAACCUUGAGGAUGUAGGUCGUGACGUUUGGAACGACAAACUUACCAAAGCUCGUGAUAAGUUUGAAAAGCGAACUGCGACAGGUGCACGCUGCAAGCUGCAUCGUCUGUCAAGGGAGAAGGGAUUACCCUGCCUCUCUUGGGGAGACUCGUGCCCAUGUUGUGUGAACAACUCUGCACGAGCACCUAAGGAGGCUUACCUCCCUAAUAGCCCGUGGUGGCGCGUACGUAUCUCUAGUGAGAUGUACGAAGGGAUUGACAACCUGAAAUCCCUUUACGACCGUGCCGGGAAGACUUUCUCCGGCGGUCCUUCUGCGGCACAGGAUGUGCCGCGUCAUACUGCUCAACCAGACCCAGUACGUCAAUCAUCAGUUGGGAGCGGGGCUCCCAAGUAUCCCAAAAAGGGGGAUACCGCGCCACCAGACGAGGUAACUCGUCCGACGUCCGUUCACGUCGCGGUGGUUCAACAGCAGCUCAACCCGAUAGCGCUGGCCACCGCGAGAAGCUUCUUUGAUCGCGUAACGCAAGGGUUACGCGGUGAUCUCGAACAUGAGCGGGACAGGCGUCUCCAAAUGGUGGACACUGUCUCGAAGCAUCGAGCUGAGUUUGCCUUUGCUCAGCUUGAGAACGAGAGAGCUCUGACAUCUCUUCGUGACGAGCUAAGGGUAACUCGUGGGAUUGUUGAUCGGUCUCGGGAUGAGAUAACUGCUCUUCAGACCCUUUUUGAUGCCCACCAUCGGGAGAACAAGGCUCUCUGCGAGAUGCUUGAGCGCAAGGGCGUUCUUCAUCGGAAGAAGCAGCGUACUGAUGGUACGGCUUAA